UUUACAAAGAAGAGUUUUCGACACUUAGAACUUCCGAAUUUUGCUAAAUGCCAAUAAUACAAUUGGUCAAUUUUGAAGAAAAUCUAGUAAUAAACACAACUUUUUCAUCUAAAAACUUACUUUAAAUCGUCUAAAAUUUUGAACAAAAAUAAUCAUGUGAAACUUUCAUUGCGAGAGGAAUUUCAAAGUGACAUUUUUAUGCCCAAAAAUGGAUUGUUACCUUUGUCUUGUUCAUCUAUUUAUUUCCAUUAAGGAUUAAGCAACAUUUUACUUCCAAACACAGUUUCACCAAUGAAAUGGAAACGAAUUCAGUUUAUUACAUUUUCCAUGGAAAUUCACAUUACCUGGAUCAUCGUCUAUUGAAAUAAAACUUUUGAAUAUUUCAAUGUUUAACCAUUAAUGUGAAAUAUUUUGACACAAAAAGACAAACUAAACGAUAAAAAUGUCCAGUAAAGAGAUUGAAUCUGUCCAACCAACUCCACAAACUGAGAUGGAUGCUUUACUUCUUGGUCGUACAAAGGAAUUGGCCAAUGUUGUUGAAGGCGAUGGUCGUAACUGGAGAGGAAUUGGAAUCGCUUUUCUGGUUAUUCUGGUCAUCUGUGGUAUCAUAGCAAUUGCCGUCUUCCUUCUCAGUCCAGAAAUAAUUAACCUUAAAAAGAGAACAAAAAAAGAUGAAAUUGACCUGAAUGAUUUUAUCAACGGGGCCUUUUAUCCGCGCCUAUUUAACGGUUCUUGGCUCACAAAUAACCAGCUAAUAUUUAAAGAUGAAGAGGACAACCUUGUUAUCUGGGACAUUUAUCAAAACACGUCGACACGAAAAAUCCUUGUCCCAGCAUCGCUUUUUCAUAUUCACAGUAUUCAAGAUUUUACCAUCUCAGCUGAUCACAAGUAUUUAUUAGUUAAACAAGAAAUAAUGAAGAAUUUUCGUCACACUUACACAGCAAAGUUUAAAUUAUACAGAAUUAGUGAUGAGGAGUUGUUUCCUCUAACACCACUACCUAAGCAACCCGACAUUAGGUUGCAAUAUGCUGCUUGGGGACCAAAAGGCAGUCAACUUGUUUAUGUUUACAACAAUAAUGUGUUUUACCGGGAAUCGGUUGAUGGUAAGGAUGUCCAGUUGUCUGUGGAUGGAUAUGAAUCGUUGAUUUACAACGGAAUACCUGAUUGGCUUUACGAGGAGGAAAUAUUGUCCGAUAGUAAUGCAAUCUACUGGGCACCUGAUGGUUCAAGAUUGGCUUUUAUAAAUUUUGAUGAUCGAAACGUUGAUACCAUUGAAUUGACUUCUUACAAUGAAUUUUUCCCUAAAAUCCAAGGAAUACGAUAUCCAAGGGUUGCCCGUCCCAACCCAAGGGUUCGUGUUAUCGUAGCUGAUUUGAAAACUGAAAGGUUUGAAAAGACGGAAAUUCUUCCACCGCCAGCACUGAAGGACAAAGAAUAUUAUGUCAAUAGUAUAACUUGGAUUAAUGGCACAUUCCUGAGCUGCAUCUAUUCCAAAAGAGAACAAGAUUUAUCUUAUGUUACCGUUUGUGCUAAUCGAAUCAAAUGGACUUGUGAAACUGUUUUGACUGUUGAUAGCAGAGGCACUGGAUGGACUGAGUUGAAGCCUCCAGUGUUUGACGAAUCUGGACAAAAUUUAUUCUUGAUAACUCACAGACAACAAGAUAGUCCACGACACGUUUAUCAUCAUAUAAGUCAAUUUUCUUUGCUUAAUUUCCAACAGUCUACUCCUUGGUUAGCUAAUGAGACUUUACUAACGAAGGGUUUGUUUGAAGUAACAAAUAUCGUUAAAUAUCAUGAUAAAAUUUUAUAUUAUCAAGCAACUUUACCUGGUAAACCCGGUGAAAGUCAUUUAUUCAAGAUGAACAUUACUUCACGCGAGGUCAACUGUCUUACCUGUGAUGGGCUUCAAGAUUGCCUUUACUCGAGAGCCUUUUUUAAUGACGAUGCAUCAGCAUUUAUUGUUUCUUGCCUUGGACCAGGAAUACCUCGAACAGAAAUACGGAUUAGUGAAACCAAUGAAUUAGUGACCACUCUGCAAACCAAUGAUGCCCUACGAGAAAAGGUUGACGAGCUUUUACUGCCAAAGGUGAAGUCACUUCAAGUUCCUAUUGAAGGAGGUUACAAUGCCAGUGUUAAACUGUUGCUUCCUCCUGGAUUACGUGAAGAUGAAAUUACAAAGUAUCCCUUGUUGAUCAAUGUCUAUGGAGGUCCAGGGACACAACAGGUUACCAGUAGGUUUGAUAUUGGCUGGGGUCAUUAUCUUGCUUCCCGGCGACGAAUCAUCUAUGGAAUGAUUGAUGGCAGAGGAAGUGGAAACAAUGGAGUUAACCUUAUGUAUGAAGUUUACAGGCGUUUGGGUACUGUCGAGAUUGAUGAUCAAAUUGCUGUUACAAGAUAUUUAGUCAACCAAUUUCCAUUUAUUGAUGCUAAAAAAGUCGGCAUAUGGGGCUGGUCUUAUGGAGGUUAUGCAACCACCAUGGCAUUAGCUUCUGAACCUAUUGGUCCUGAGCAUCAGGAGCCAGUAUUUUCUUGCGGUAUUGCCGUUGCUCCUGUCACUAGUUGGUAUUAUUAUGACUCAACGUACACUGAAAGAUACAUGGGAUUACCAAUUGAAAAAGACAAUCUUAUUGGUUACACAAAAUCAGAUCUCAUAUCCAAAAUUGAUAAUUUGAAGGGGAAAAAUUAUCUUCUAGUCCAUGGAACGGCUGAUGACAAUGUUCAUCUCCAACAAUCAAUGCUUCUUAUGAGAGCCUUGCAGCGUAAUUCAAUCAUGUUUCACAGUAUGAUUUAUCCUGAUCAAAACCAUGAGCUUCCACAAGUCCACCGUCAUCUUUAUCGUACCAUUGAAUCAUUUUUAUGUGAAUGCUUUGAUCUUGGAACAGUUUACGAAGAGGUUGGCCUAAGAAGAAGAAGGAUAAUUAAGAAAGAGUACUCUUGAAGGAAAAGCCAACAAUAUUCACCUAUCAUCGAAAUCCGACCAAACCUUGGGUCCAUUCUUAUGGUUGGUCUGCAAAAGAGUUGCCAAUUUCAAUUUUGUAGAACAUUGAGUUUCUUUUUUCUACUGUAUAUAACUCUACAAACCCACAAAAUACAAUUUAAGUUAACUGUUGACGGAAAGAUGGGAUAAAAGUGUUCAAUUCUAUUUUUUCCUGAGAAGAUAUUAAUUUAUUCUAGAUGCUUACAGAGCCAAGAGGAUAUCAAAGAGUAAAGUGGAAAUGAAAACUUGCAUCAAUUAAAUUAAUUGAUUUUGUUACUGUUAUAUUGUUAUAUGUCCCGAAAAAAAAUCCAGCUCAAUAGCAUCUAAAGUCAUCAGAAUUGAUAUGCCAAAGAAAAUUUUGCUGAUUAUAUUGUCAUUUAUUUUAUGAACAAAAUUUACAGAGAAAAACACUAAAUUAUCCAAGAAAAAAGUAAUCUGUUGAUCCAAUUAUGAUCGUUGUCAAAGUCAAUCCAUUUUGAAUGAAGUCAAAUGUUGUAUAAAAUAUAAAAAUAUGCCAUAAUUGAAUAUACAUGAAAUCCUGUAACAAUAUAAAAUGUAACCAUUUUUGAAUUUGAUCCAAGUAAAUUUUGUCAACUGAACAA